AUGGGAAGAUUACAUGAUCAGACGACAUCGACGGGCAUCGCGAAGGUCCUACAGCACUCUGAGGAGACUGCUUUAAGGUACUAUCGCGUACCCGACACAUCUGAGGCCGUAAGGCGGCAUGAACUCAUUGAAGUAGUAGACCACACUUCAUUGGUUAAAAACUAUGUCGAUAGCCACUUUGAAAACUUCUUUCCAUUAGUUCCGUACAGUGCCUUUCCGCAACCAGAAAUGGCCAAACAGAGAAUCGUAGAUGGGGACAUUGUGGCGCUGUAUCCAUCGGCCGUCAUAGACCUGGACUACGUGAGCAGGUUGCGUGACAGGUUCGAUGCAACUGUAUUGGAAGAGCGAGUUCAAAUUCUUUUUGACGAGGUUCGUGCCGCCGGAUACCCGAGGCACAACGUAGGGGAGCAUAGCAUCAUUGACACGGCUAGACACAGAAAGAUACACUUCUUUUUCAGCAAUUUGAACUACCGAAAGAAAAUUGUUCAGAAGAUAAUCAGCAAGAUUAAAAACGUGUGA